UGCUAGCCUAUAUAAGUGUGAAUGUUGGAGUACAAACUAUUAAUUUUUGAAAGCUAAGCUAAAUGAAAAUGGCAGCUUCAACAAUUGUUUCUAGAAAGAUAAUUAAGCCUUUCACCCCAACUCCUCCUUCACUUGUACAUCACAAUCUCUCUUUGGUAGAUUACAUAAAUACUCCUGAAUAUUGUCCAAUUGUCUUCUUCUACUCUAAACCUGAAAAUUGUGACAUAAAUCAAAUAUCACACAUUCUUGAAAAUUCCCUUUCAAAAGUAUUAUCCUUUUAUUAUCUCUUCGCGGGACUAAUCAAGGAUGAUAAUAGUUAUGUCGAUUGCAAUGAUAUGGGUGUUGAGUAUUUACAUGUCCGAAUUAGUUGUCCAAUGUCUGAAAUUCUCAACCACCCUUAUAAUGAUGUUGUAGAUGUAGUCUUCCCACAUGAUUUGCCUUGGAGUAGUUCCUUGAACCGAAGUCCACUAGUGGUUCAGUUAAGUCAUUUCGAUUGUGGUGGAAUAGCAGUCAGUGCAUGCUUGUCACAUAAGGUUGUUGAUGGAUAUAGUUUAUCUAGAUUCCUUAAUGAUUGGGCUGAUAUAGCUCGACAGGUGGAUUUCAAACCAUCUCCUCAGUUUAAUGCAUCUUCUUUCAUUCCACUCAUGGAUGAUGCUCCAGCUAUACCUAAUGGUGUGCCUGAACCACAACGACACGUGUCAAGAAUGUACAAUUUCUCAUCCUCUAGCUUGAGAAAACUCAAGGAUAUCGUUGCAACAGAUUCAGGAGUUGUACAGAAUCCAACUCGUGUUGAAGUUGCCACUGCACUACUCCUUAGAUGUGGAGUGGUUGCAUCAAUGGAGAAAUCAGGUGCGUUCAAACCAAUUCUAUGGAGCCAUGUAAUGAAUAUGCGCCCACCAAUUCCACUCGACACAAUAGGAAAUGCUAUUUCUUGCUUUGGCUCAGUAGCAAUGACGGAAGAUGACAUAAAGCUACCCAACUUGUUCGCUCGAUUAAGAGAGGCCAAACAACAACUUCGAGGCGAGUUGAAAGAUAAGAAUACAGAUCAACUAGCUGCACAUGUACUUAAAGAAAGAAAAGAGGGUGCAGACAUAAAGAUGGAUAUGUUUGGUGCUUAUUAUUCUUGCACCAGCAUUUGCAAUUUAGGGUUCUGUACGAUCGAUUUUGGAUGGGGCAGGCCCGUAAGAGUGACCCUAGCUAGAAAUUCAAGGAAGAACAACUUCUUAUUCUUGGAUGACCCAAGUGGAGACGGAAUAAAUGUGAUAGUUACUUUGACUGAAGAUGAUAUGUUAAUGUUUCAGAAUAACAAAGAGCUUCUGGAGUUUGCUUCUCCAGUUGUUCAGUAAAUUUGCUUCUCCAGUUGUUCAGUAAACUGAAUAGU